AUGUCUUCGCAGAAGAAAAUUCUUGUCACAGGCGCCACUGGCGUUCAAGGUGGCGGGGUUACUCGCUACUGCUUGGAGUCUGGUCACUUUGUUUACGCUCUUGUCCGAGAUACCCGCUCAGGAGCCGCCCAGGAACUUGCGAGGAAAGGAGCAAUCCUUGUCCAGGGAGAUCUCAACAACCGCGACUCCCUGGUGGCCGCUGCUCGAGGCAUGGACGCCGUUUCGAUCAACCUCUUGCCAGAAAUCCACGACCGAUCCUCUGAACUCAGGCAAGCUGAAAACAUGCUCUCGGCGGCCAAGGCGUCCGGCACAAUAUCGACCGUCUUUUACUCCAGCGUCGUCAAAACCGGACAGCACGAAUCGUUUCCGAACUGGAGCCUGCAGCACCCGAUGUACGAUUUCUGGAUGUCGAAACACAAGGUCGAAGAACGGGUACGAGCCGCUGGUUUCCCUCACUGGACCAUCAUGCGCCAGCCUUUCUUCAUGCAGAACUUCCAUUCCCCCAGAUCCCAGUUCAUGUUUCCGGGUCUGGAUGCCGCCAACACACCCAAGGUUGCUUUUAGGCCAGACACCAAAGUGGAUCUCGUUGAUGGAUCUGACCUUGGCAAAUUUGUUGCCGCUGCCUUUUCUUCGCCCACGCUUUUCGACCGUAAGGAAAUCGAGUUGGCUGCAGAGCGUCCAACAUUCGUUGAAAUUGUGGAGAAGCUAAGCGCGGCCAGAAAGCAGGCAGUUAAGCUGGAGUUCUAUACCGCUGAGGAGCUCGGAGCUGCGUCGCAAAACCUAGUUAUUCAGACACAGCUAUGGAUGAAUGAAGUGGGGUUCGAGGUUGAUUUGGAUGCGCUCAGUCAGUACGGAAUUGUGCUGACGUCGGCUGCGGAGUACUUUUCUAAGAUUUUCUCGUAG